AUGGCCAGCAGCAGGUUGGGUUCGAUCGUAGGAAUCUCGGGAGAGCAGGCAGAAGAAAGGUUAUUACUGAGAUCUGCCCCUCCCCCGUCCUGUCUCCAGCAGUAUAAUUUAAACUAUGUCCAUAUCUCUGAGAACUGUAUUGUCUUGCCGCGCCCUUUGGAAAGCCAUUACUCUGCAAAUUGGUUCACCCUUUUAGCAGAUAUAGUUUAUUUUUAGGCUAUUCUCAGGGCCUCUUGCAAUGUUACACAACCAUUCCUUGAAGACAUAAAGUAAAAUGUUCUUGUGCGCAACACCUAGCCUAUUUCUUAACUUUUGGUGAGUAAUUUUCAGGAUGAAAGAGACUGCCUCAUUUGUCCUAUAACGCCGUUUUAUAAGCUCUGCUGUCAUAGAUAAAGCCCCAAAUACUUUCCCUACCUUGGUCAUCAUGACAGCAAGGCCAGUUGUCCAUGCACCUGGGUGAGACGUGAGCUAAUACACAUGGAUUGUGUAUUAAAUCUUUAUCAGUGACAGUAGGAACUUCUGAACACAGAACAACCCCAGUUAGACCCAAACCAGCUAGUGACUACCAUCUAGUGGAGUUGAUGACAGUCAGGAAAUCUGAGACUGAGCAAGAUGAAGUCAAAUGAGAAUGCCUUGUUUUCCAGACUUGUGGAGAUGAGGUGUUUUCCUUUUAUGGAAAUUGUUUCAAUGAAAUGUAGUUGAAGGUAAUCUUUCCACUGAUGUGUUGUCCUUACCGCCUGUGUGUGUCCAGACUGAGGUGUAAAUGUAUGGGCAUCAGAGAGCCCAGUAUGAAGAAGACAGGCAGGCCAGUGGGGAGUAAGGUUCAGAGUGGAGAGAGGGGGAAGACUGAAGGCACUGCUACAGGAACCACAGGCAAGGCUGCAGCCAAGACCACCACAACAGCACCCCUGUCAAAGGUACACUUCUGUUAUUCCACUACACUUCUUGUAACUAAGCCAGGUACACUUCUAUCAUAUUCUAAAUUAUAUAUUAUAAACUGGGUGGUUCGAGCCCUGAAUGCUGAUUGGCUGACCGCCAUGGUAUAUCAGACCGUAUACCACGGGUAUGACAAAACAUUUCUUGUUACAGCUCUAAUUACAUUGGUAACCAGUUUAUAAUAGCCAUAAGGCACGAGGGGGUGUGGUAUAUGGCCAAUAUACCACGGCUAAGGACUGUUCUUAAGCAUGACGCAACGCAGAGUGCCUGAAUACAGCCCUUAGCCGUGGUAUAUUGGCCAUAUACCACAAACCCCCGAGGUGCCUUAUUGUUAUUAUACAAUGGCCUACUUUGCCAACACCCAUUUGUACAUGUUUACCAUGGUACCGAACAUUCCUAAGUUAUUAUUCUGGUGGCUGGCAGGAUCAGUGGGAGUGGCAUUAAAGUGAUCGUUCUCAUGUGAUUGUUCUCCAGGUUAAAAGCAAUGAUGAUCUGCUAGCAGCAAUGGCAGGGGGCACUCCAGCUACCAACCGCACUGUGACUAAGAAUAAGAGGACUGCCUCAACGGGGACCAGCAGUGGUAACCCAGACAGUAAACCAAAGACUAGCACAGGUAAAUCUGUUUAUAUCUUUAUAUUAGCUGACUAGCCUCUAAUGACCUAGUCUAUUUUCAUAAUAUUUAUUAUUACUCUGCAUUUCAUGCUUGCUCUGUUCUGUCUCUCUUUACAAGGUUCCUCAGCCAAACGUGUGACGUCCUCAACCUCCAAGGAGCCCAACUCAUCAAGGGACCGUCUGCGGACAUCCAGAACAUCGACUAGUAAGAAGCAGUCAUCGUCAGGGGCAGGGCAGGGAGAUGUUGCCCAGGGAAAGCGCUCUCACAGCCAGCAGCUAGCAGAGUCGGAGGGCCGCUGGAACAAGUCUAAAUCAGACAGCCAGAUCAGUGACAAAGUGGCCCUGGAGGCCAAGGUGGAGGACCUGCUGGGUUUGGCCAAGAGCAAAGACGUGGAGAUCCUGCACCUGCGCAGCGAGCUGAGGGACAUGAGGGCUCAGCUGGGCCUGGGACGGGAGGAGGUGCCCCCAGAGGAGGUAGAAGGUGGAAGGGGGGAGGAGAAGCCCCUGGAGAAGGAGGUGUCGGCCAUCACAGCAGCGGACGUGGAGUCCACGCUGCUCCUUCUGCAGGAGCAGAACCAUGCCAUCCGUGAGGAACUGAACCUGUUGAAGAGUGAGAACCGCAUGCUAAAGGACCGGCUGAACGCGCUUGGCUUCUCCCUGGAGCAGAGGCUGGAUGGCUCUGACAAGCUCUUUAGCUACGCCUCCCUGAGCCCAGACCUGGCAGCCAGCAGCGGACACAGCGAUGGUGGGUGCACUGGUACCCUCACCUCCUCUGUGGAGGGCUCUGCCCCGGGCUCCCUGGAGGACCUGCUGACGGCCCAGCAGCACGGUGGUUCAGUGGACAACUUGGACAGUGAGUCCAGCGAGGUCUACCAGGGUGUCACAUCCAGCGACGACGCCCUGGACGCCCCCUCCGGAGCCUCCUCCUCCUCCGAGUCUGAGAGCGUGCCCAGCCGAGAGCGCUCGCACCGGGGCAGCAGCGGCAACGCCAGCGAGGUGUCUGUGGCCUGCCUGACAGAGCGCAUCCACCAGAUGGAGGAGAACCAGCACAGCACGGCCGAGGAGCUGCAGGCCACACUACAGGAGCUGGCUGACCUGCAGCAGAUCACCCAGGAGCUGAACGGAGAAAAUGAGAGGCUAGGGGAGGAGAAGGUCAUCCUCAUGGACUCUCUGUGUCAGCAGAGCGACAAGCUGGAGCACUACGGCCGGCAGAUUGAGUACUUCCGCUCUCUGCUGGACGAUCACCACGUGUCCUACGUCCUGGAGGAAGACAUCAAGAGCGGCCGCUACAUGGAGCUGGAGCAGCGCUAUGUGGAUCUGGCUGACAACGCCAGCUUCGAGAGGGAGCAGCUACUGGGGGUGCAGCAGCACCUCAGCAACACGCUGAAGAUGGCAGAGCAGGACAACGCCGAAGCCCAGGAGGUGAUCGGGGCUCUGAAGGAGAGAAACCACCACAUGGAGCGCAUCAUGGAGUCAGAGAGGCAGGACCAGGGGGCCAUGGUGGCAGCGCUGGAGGAGUACAAGGCAGCGGUGAACUGUGACCAGGUAGAGCUGAGCCGCUGCAGGGCCCAGCUGGACCAGGAGAGGCAGAAGGUGGCUGAGCUCUACUCCAUCCACAACUCUGGAGACAAGAGUGACAUCUGCCAGCUGCUGGAGGGUGUUCGGCUGGACAAGGAGGAGGCAGAGGGCAGGGCUGCCAAACUGCAGGAGGACCUGGGCCACGCCUGCAGUGAUGUCACCAGGCUGCAGGACACCCUCAAUAAGGUGAGUCCACGCACGCACCACCCUUUUGAUGGUUGCUUCUGUCUCCUGUAUCCAACUUGUGAAAAGUUCAUAAAAGUCCACUUUGCUCUAUACCACCUUAAAGUAACUGUCCAGUGUUUUUAAUUAAUUAUAUGAGUGAAAUAGUUUUCCUUCCAAUUUUUUAAAAUUAAGUAUGUUAAAAAGCAGCUUUUCUGUGGGCGUACCCCAACAACAGAAUGGUGUGGCCGUAUACCGGUCAUUAAGAAUAUUCAUGACAAGUAAACAGCUGAUUGGCCAGCUCAGCAAAUGUGCCAACGUGACAUCACUUUAUGAGGAAAUAGCAAGCAAUUUUUAAACAGUCUCUUUGAGAUACAAGUUUGAGGUGGGGAUUUUGAAGUGUUUUUUUCUUUAAUUUAUGCUUCGAACACAUACGAGUAUAGGACGAGUCAACAACAUUAUUUGGGUAUGAGUUAAUAGAAUAUGAACUUUUUAAAAGUGAGAUUUUCACUGGACAGUUACUUUAAAGCUUUCAUAGAAAUGCAUCUGUCUGCUUUAUGGACUCACCGGCCAGUUAAUUAGGUACACUCAUCUAGUACCGGGUCGGACCCACCUUUGCCUCCAGAACAGCCUGAAUUAUUCGGGGCAUGGAUUCUACAAGUCGGAAACGCUCCAUACGAAUGUUGGUCCAUGCUGACGUGAUGGCAUCACACAUUUGCUGCAGAUCGGAUGGCGGUACACCAGCGCCACCAGCCUGUACCGUUGACACCAGACAGGAUGGGUCCAUGGAUUCAUGCUUCUUAAGCCAAAUCCUGACUCUGCCAUCAGCAUGACUCCGACUGGAGCCGCUUCAUCUUGUUUUUAGCUGAUAGGAGUGGAAUCUGGUGUGGUCAUCUGCUGCAAAAGCUCAUCCAUGACAAGGAUCGAGUUGUGCGUUCCGAAAUGCCGUUCUGCACACCACUGUUGUACUGCGCCGUUAUUUGUCUGUUUGUGGCCCGCCUGUUAGCUUGCAUGAUUCUUGCCAUUUUCCUUUGACCGCUCUCAUUAACGAGCAGUUUCCGCCCACAGGACUGCCGCUGACUGGAUGUUUUUUGUUUGUCGCACCAUUCUUGGUAAACCCUAGACACUGUCGUGCAUGAAAUCCCAGGAGGGCGGCCGUUUCUGAGAUACUGGAUCCGGUGCGCCUGGCACCGACGAUCAUACCACUCUCAAAGUCGCUUAGGUCACUCGUUUUGCCCAUUCUAACGUUCAAUCGAACAGUAACUGAAUGUCUCGAUGCCUGUCUGCCUGCUUUAUAUAGCAAGCCACGGCAACGUGACUCACUGUCUGUAGGAGCGAUCCAUUUUCUUGAACUGGGUGGUGUAACUAAUAAACUGGCCGGUGAGUGUGUAUUCCCUCACCACUGGAAAAAAAGAAUGAGCAUUCAUUUGGGCCAUUUAGUUAAUGAAUGAGAUUAUUGAUUCCUUCUGUCCUGGGUGGUGUGUGCAGCUGGAUGGGGAGUACCGAGACUUCCAGGAGCAGGUGCAGAAGCAGAUGGCAGAGCAGAAGCGUGGGCUGGAGAAGCAGCGCGGUGAGCUGCUGGAGAAGGAGACGGAGAUCGGGGACAUGAAGGAGACCAUCUUUGAGCUGGAGGAUGAGGUGGAGCAGCAUCGAGCCGUCAAACUCCAUGACAAUCUCAUCAUCACAGACCUGGAGAGUGAGUGGGCUAGGGCCAGGGGGGAAAACAUGGCACAGCAUCAUAGAACUACGUCAUCAUAUCACAUGACACUGGAGCCCCACAAUGCAUUUUCCACCUUUUGGCCACAUGGUGGCUGUGUCAGGCUUCUUGCAGCCUGAGGAAAGUGAACAGUCCUCUGUUAGAAUAAGAGAGAUUUCUGUACUCGCACCUGUGUUGAUUUUGUGUGGUUAUAAGUCACUCAGACUCACAAAAAGCAUGCGUAUGAACUGUUGUUAUUUAACAUGAAUUAACAUACGCUUGGUAGAUACAAGUCAAUAAUGUUUUGCCUUUGAGACUCCUUGACGUGUAGCUAUAUUGCUAUUGCCGUCAAUGGGGUUCAGUUACUUCAUAGACUGAAUUACACAAUAAUUAACCCUAACUCCCAGUUUCAUAAGAUGGUGCUGCUAAGGUCUCUAUCGGCUCCUGAAUUUUUUUUACGCAGAUUCUCUUCCUAUGCUGCGUGUGAAUAUAUCCUGUGGCCUGUUCACAUGAACUCAGCCAUGUAUCUGCUUCCUCCCUCAGACUCUGUGAAAAAACUACAGGACCAGAAGCAUGACAUGGAGCGGGAGAUUAAGAUUCUCCACCGGAGGCUGAGGGUGAGUGGGCCAGUGGACAGGGCCAUCUGAGGACCAGGGUUCAGUGACACGGUCAUGCACAGCAGCACUAUGGUUUGGGCCAUGUUCAUUACAACUCAAAUUUACUGUAAAGCAAUAUAAUGAAGUUUGGUUCCACAUUUUUUCUUAUUAGAUAGAUUGAUCAUUCGGCCUCAGUGGUCGAAAUUAUGUUGGUGUUUUUCAGCAUUCAGAGGGCCGUAUCUUAUGAUGGACUUGUUUGUUUUGAUUCGCUGUGUGUGUUCAGGAGGAGUCGGCAGAGUGGCGUCAGUUCCAGGCUGAUCUGCAGACAGCCGUGGUCAUCGCUAAUGACAUCAAGUCGGAAGCACAGGAGGAGAUUGGGGAUAUGCGGCACCGUCUCCGCGAGGCCCAGGAGAAGAACGAGAAGCUGGGCAAGGAGCUGGAGGAAGUCAAGAACCGCAAGUAAGAGACACUGAGGAACACGCCGUGCUUGAUGCCAAGUGUCACGUCAGCUGACGCCAGCUGUCUUGUGAUCAUUUAGGGGAGAUGUAUGUGUGCAGGUUUGGGUUUAACAGUGUUUGUCACAUUGAUCAAGCUGGAUGUGCUGGUCUGUAUUUUCAUUUACAUGAAAUGGGUGAUGUGAGAGCUGAUGUGCCUUGGUGUGUAUGUGUGUAUUGAGUGUUGGUGUUUGUCUCGUCAGGCAGGAUGAGGAGAGGGGCAGGGUGUAUAACUACAUGAAUGCAGUGGAGAGGGAUCUGGCUGCACUGAGGCAGGGCAUGGGCCUGAGCCGUCGCUCCUCUACCUCCUCUGAGCCCUCUCCCACUGUCAAAACCCUCAUCAAGAGCUUCGACAAUGCCUCCACACAAGGUACCCCAACCUGCGAGUGUAAGUUAUGGACCACUUUUCUGACUUUUAUUCUAAUUUGACCUGUACAUUCCUAGUAAUAAGCCUAGCAGUAUCACUGCUCCUUAUACAGUGUAGUAAUAUUACUGUGGGAUUUCUACCUGAUGUGACUGAUUUGUGUGUCCCCUUCUGUUCACAACAGGCCCAGUCCCCCCGACCGCUGCCCCUGCUGCCACAUUACCCCGCACUCCCCUGAGCCCCAGCCCCAUGAAGACCCCUCCUGCAGCCGCCAUCACACCCAUACAGGUACACCACCUGGAACGUUUGACCCACUGACCCAUUUCAGUGUGUUUGUUUGCAUGGCAAGCUCUAAGUGUAGGCAUCAGGUCAAGCACACACAAAAAACCUGGCUUACACUAGACCAGUCAUUCACACGUAACUACUUAUCAAGGUCUAGAUCAAAUGGAGUGUUUUAGAACCGCCAGAGCAGUUUAGGAUGGAAUUGUUGUCUGUGCUGACUAGGUCAGGAAGCGGUGCAGUAGUGAAAGAGUUACUGUGACCACCAGGUCAAGAGCUGUCCUAUAUUCAGUGUUUAUAGACCUCCAAUACUCCACAGGUGGCAUUUCCUCCUCUGGCACUUUGUCACAGCUGACAGUCGCUGGGCUUGCCUCAUACACAGACCAUGAGAUGGAACGGAUAUUGAGUUUUUGAUCGAGAAUAUGUCCCAUAGCUCUAAUUCCAUUAUCUCACUUUCCCUUCACUUACAUUUUGGUAAUUUUGUAGAUUCUCUUAUCCAGAGUGACUUACUGUCAGUGCAUCCACAUCAUCCAUAGAUCAUUUCUCAAUGCAUUGAAUUGCCCCAUAGAUUUAUUUUAUCAUGUUUUAAACUCUCACACAUUUUUGAGAACAUAAUCAGCUUCAUGGCUCAAAGACUACCACAGAACUCUGCAAUGCUAUACAGUAGAAGGACAAAUUCAGUCAGUUCAUGGAAUACUGUGGACAGAGGGGGGAAAUCAGAGCCUUGGAUAUUUUGUAUGCAUUAUUUUAGUAGAGAAUCAGGUAUUCUCAAAUAAAAGGAUCAGAGUUCAGGGGGAGAGAGAUGGGUUUUUCUGUUUCCUCGUAUACAACUUUCAUAAGUCUUCAGUCCUGCUGUUUCUCAUCUAUCUUUGACCUCUGCAGUCACAAGAUUAUUGGCAGUGCCUGGCUGCUAGUGCUGCUGUCAGAAUGGCCUCUCUUCAAGCUAGGGCUUUUUCCAGAAAUGGCAUACAUUAGGCUACUUCUGUUGGGAGGAUGAAGACAUUUUGUAUGUGAGAGUUUUAAUCAAAUGAUUGUUGGUCUAUUUCAGAGACACUCCAUAACUGGGUCCAUCUCAGCACCCAAACCCCUCUCGUCUCUGAAUGACAAAAGGCCCAGCUACACAGACAUCAGCAUGCCAAGUGAGUUGACAGCACAAACAAUAACACUGACAGCAAAGCUCCAUGUCUGGAUCUCAUUCGGUCUCUCUUGAACAAAAUGAGAGAGGCGUUCAAUCUAUCACAGGCCCACAUAAAAGGAGAGAAAUGGCUGCAGAAAAUAAACAAUUUCAUCUUGGUCCUCGUAUUAUGUGGAUAUAUUUCAGCGAGUGUGGCGGUGCUUUGCCUCUAAAGCAGGGGGGUGGUUGUCUUUAGCCCCUGAGGAGGUGAGCGUGAGCAUGGAGUCAGCAGAGCUUCGUGUUGACUUUAAUUUGGUGUGGGAGGUGUAACAAAGCACCAUGGGGGGGGGGGGGUAAACAUGAAGCUCUGCUGACUCCGUGCUCAAGGGCCUGUAAAUGUGAACGUGCUAUAGUGGUCCAAGUCUCCAAUGUUUAGUUUAAUGUCCCGGUUGUUUUCUUGCAUGGAAACAAACCUCAUUCCAUGGUACUUGACAGUUCCAGGCCUGGAAUGUUGCUUUUGACCCCACAUCCCUCUUGCUUAAAACUCUAAUUUGUUUCUUGACUGGUUGUGGGGUUAUCAUAAUGUUAGUGUGUUUAAUCCUGCCACUGUCCUUCUCUCCGCAGCAGAGCAUCAUCUCAGGGGCUCCUCUGCCAGCCGCCUUGCCUCUGCUCUCCAGAGGGUCUCCAACAUGGACCCAUCUAAGGCCAUGGCCAUCUCAGGUAUCACAAGUCAUGGAAAUAGGAAUAAACCUUGAAAUAAAUCUGCAAUUCUUCUAAAUGGUUGCCAGUAAAAUUAAGUGCAUUUUGAGAAAGAAAUCAAUGACAUUUGACCAAAUAUUUUGUUGGAAUGCAUCCCCUACCAUGCACACACAGAACAGAUCAGACUUUGGACUUCACUUGCAGUGAAGAUGUCAGCCACACUGUAUCUCUGUCUGUUUGUGUGGUGGUCAGUGUCCCGCAGGAGCAGUGAGGAGAUGAAGAGGGACAUCUCUGCCCCUGAGGGUGGUACCUCCUCCUCUCUGAUGGCCAUGGGGUCUGCUUCCUCCCUGUCCUCCUCCUCCCCCACCGCCUCUGUCACCCCCACUGCACGCAGCCGCCUCCGGUAACAGCCUCAUGAGCUCCAUACCUUUCAUACGAUACAUAUGAGUCCACGAAGUCCUUUGUAUGGUUAACAUUAUAUCUUUACCAGUUUUGUGUUCGAGGCCACUUAAAGCGAGACUGAUUCAAGACCAAGAACAGAGCAAAUCGAGUCAAAACCAAGACCGGGAGGGGGGCGAGGGGUUCGCCAGACCGGACCAGAACAAUGCACAAAAAGUCCAAUUCAAGACCACGAUUGUAAUUGUGUCAAAUCGCCACCAUAAUAAGAGUUCAAAAUGUCCAGAAUGUCUGUGUUUAUAUUUCAGAAGAAUAUAUGGAUUCUUUAGACAUUCAGAAUGUUGAACAAAUGCAUGCUGAGGGCAAACAGGGAGCCACUCUACCAACUAUCACUAACCCAAACAGGUCUAUAAUAGAUACAAAUACAACUUUUACUAACUUCCCCCAGUCUCCCCAUACUAAUAGUGAGAGUGCAACUUUAUUUUCAUUUUUCAACAAAAGUAAAGGACAGUAAUGUUACAAGUAAAGUAGGAAGCCCAGGUAGGCGAUAAGCUAUUCAUGUGUCAUAAAUGAAGUGUGGCUAGUUGGCUGGGCGAAGCGGUUUUAUGUGCUGACUGAAUGGGAGCUGAUUGUCCGAGACCAAGUCAAGACCGAGACGCUCAAUAUGUGGUCUAGAGACCGGUCUCGAGUACUACAACACUGAUUUUGACUAUAGCAUAUAGGCUUCAAUGGCCAGGUACAUGGAAUCUGGAUAUGUGUAUUAAUUCAAAUGACUCUCUGACCUUUCCUGUGUGACGUGUGUUCAGAGAGGAGCGGAAGGACCCCCUCUCAGCAUUGGCCCGGGAGUAUGGGGGCUCCAAGAGGAACGCGCUGCUUAAGUGGUGCCAAAAGAAGACUGAGGGGUACCAGGUAUGUGUUGUUCAGUCAGAAUAGGAAUUGACAGGUUGUGGAUGUACUCAGAACAGACGGUUUGGGAUGAGAAUUAUAUCUUGGGUCAUUUCACCUCUCAUGUCACUGACUCGCCUGUUGAUAAGGAUUUAUUUUGUUAAAUAUCUCAACAGUGAGACUGAUCCAAUGGAUGAUUUUUUAUAAGUGAAAAUAUCUGGUGUGAGGUUCAUUCAUGAUAAUCUAAUUCAAUAGCAUUGUCAGAAGGUCUAGUUAAGUUGAUUGUUUUUUUUAAAAGCCCCUCUCAGACACCUACGUCAGUGCAUCCUUUAAGCUCCCCUUUUCAAGUUGUAAACCAUUAUAGAUGUCAUGAGGACUUGUCAGUUUUAUUGUGUUGUCCUUAUGGUUCCUCUCCUGCUCUAAAGCAUGGGAUUGGACCAACAGUGCCUGGGCACGGCUUCAAACAUCAUCCAGAGAGGGAAUAAAUGUUUAGCUACUAUAAAUCAACUAUAUUGAUUUGUUGAAUUUGCUAUCUAGGGCACGUUUUUAAGACUCACUCUGUCAUAUUGAAACAGCUUUUUUUUCCAAUGGGCUUGUUGGUUCUAGUGCAGAGAGUGAAUGGUCGUCAUGGUUUCCCCCUUUACAGAGGUCCUCUUCAGGAAGUGUGCCAAAUUUCACACGUCCUUUCAACUGCCUGACAGAAAAGCUGUGGAUUGCCUGGCUGGGAGGAGAGCAUUGGGAUGUAAUGCAUUGGGCUAGUGGGAUGGAAACAAACCAGCUUUGUUUUUUGGGGGGGAUUCUGUUGUUGCUGUAGCUGAGGAAACAAUCCUGUCAGGAUUAUAAUGUGGUGUUAACAGAAAUCUAGUUUCUCUCGCUCCCUCGCUCUCUCACUCUCGUUCUCUCUACCGCACCUGCUGUCUCGACCUCUAAAUGCUCGGCUAUGAAAAGCCAACUGACAUUUACUCCUGAGGUGCUGACCCGUUGCACCCUCUAUAACCACUGAUGAUUAUUUUACCUUGCUAGUCAUCUUAUCUGCUGGUCAUCUAUGAACGUUUGAACAUCUUGAAGAACUAUCUGGCCUUAAUGGUCAUGUACUCUUAUAAUCUCCAGCCGGCAAAGCCACCCCUCGGAGCCUGUUUCCUCUAUAGCAGUGGUUCCCAAACUGUGGGGCGAGGGGUUGAAAUGGGUAGUGCAUCAUCAGUUCCUCUUGUCAUGUUAGUCAUUGCAUACCUUCGUGCUAUUUGUAACUUGUCAGAAAUGUCCAGAUCAACUAGCCCAUGUCAGCUAAUGUUUUUUAGCCCAUAGAAAAAGUUUGGGAACCCCUGCUAUAGGUUCUUGCCUUUCAAGGAGUUGUUCCUAGCACCUGUGCUUCUACAUCUGCUUCACUUGUUCUUCUGGGUUUUAGGCUGGGUUUCUGUAUAAGCACUUUGUGACAACUGCUGAUGUAAAAAGGGCUUUAUAAAAUAAAUGUGAUUGAUAGUUGCAUCUGAUCAUCCGGUCAGAUGAAUCUGAGCAGACAUCAUACUCAAUCAACAUACACUAAGUAUACAAAACAUUAAGAACACCAGCUCUUUCAUGACAUAGACUGACCUGGUAAAUCCAGGUGAAAGCUAUGAUCCCUUAUUGAUGUCACUUGUUAAAUCCACUUCAAUUAGUGUAUGAAGGGGAGGAGACAGGUUAAAGAAGGAUUUUUAAGCCUUGAGACAAUUGAGACAUGGAUUGUGUAUGUGUGCCAUUCAGAAGGUGAAUGGGCAAGACAAUAUUUACAGUGCAUUUGGAAAGUAAUCAGACCCCUUGACAGCCUUAUUCUAAAAUAUAUAUAUUUUUUAAUUAUCUUCAAUCUACACACAAUACCUCAUAAUGACGAAGAAAAAACAGGUUUUUAUAAAUUUUUGCACAUUUAUUAAAAAUAAAAAGCAGAAAUACCUUAUUUACAUAAGUAUUCAGACACUUUGCUAUGAGACUUGAAAUUGAGCUCAGGUGCAUCCUGUUUCCAUUGAUCAUCCUUGAGAUGUUUCUACAACUUGAUUGGAGUCCACCUGUGGGAAAUUCAAUUGAUUGCACAUGAUUUGGAAAGGCACACACCUGUCUAUAUAAGGUCCCACAGUUGACCGUGCAUGUCAGAGCAAAAACCAAGCCACGAGGUUGAAGGAAUUGUCCGUAUAGCUCCGUGACAGGAUUGUGUCGAGACACAGAUAUGGGGAAGGGUACCAAAACAUUUCUGCAGCAUUGAAGGUCCCCAAGAACACAGUGGCCUCCAUAAUUCAUAAUUCUUAAAUGGAAGAAGUUUGGAACCACCAAGACUUUUCCUAGAGAUGGCCACCCGGCCAAACUGAGCAAUCAGGGGAGAAGGGCCUUGGUCAGAGAGGUGACAAAGAACCCUAUGGUCACUCUGACAUAGCUCCAGAGUUCCUCUGUGGAGAUGGGAGAACCUUCCAGAAGGACAACCAUCUCUGCAGCACUCCGUCAAUCAGGCCUUUAUGGUAGAGUGGCCAGACGGAAGCCACUCCUCAGUAAAAGGCACAAAGGCACAAACAGUAAAAGGCACCUAAAGGACUGUCAGACCAUGAGAAACAAGAUUCUCUGGUCUGAUGAAACCAAGACUGAACUCUUUGGCCUGAAUGCCAAGCGUCACAUCUGGAGGAAACCUGGCACCUUCCCUACGGUGAAGCAUGGUGGUGGCAGCAUCAUGCUGUGGGGAUGUUUUUCAGCGGCAGGGACUGGGAGACUAGUCCGGAUCGAGGGAAAGAUGAAUGGUGCAAAGUACAGAGAGAUCCUUGAUGAAAACCUGCUCCAGAGUGCUCAGGACCUCAGACUGGGGCAAAGGUUCACCAUCCAACAGGACAACGACCCUAGGCACACAGCCAAGACAACACAGGAGUAGCUUCAGGACAAGUCUCUGAAUGUCCUUGAGUGGCCCAGCCAGAGCCCAGACUUGAACCCGAUCGAACAUCUAUAGAGAGACCUGAAAAUGGCUGUGCAGCGACGCUCCCCAUCCAACCUGACAGAGCUUGAGAGGAUCUGCAGAGAAGAAUGGGAGAAACUCCCCAAAUACAGGUGUGCCAAGCUUGUAGCGUCAUACCCAAGAAGACUUCAGGCUGUAAUCGCUGCCAAAGGUGCUUCAACAGUACUGAGUAAAGGGUCUGAAUACUAAUGUAAAUGUGAUAGCUCAGUUUCUUAUUUUUAAUACAUUUGCAAAAAAAUCUUAAAACAUAUUUUUGCUUUGUCAUUAUGGGGUAUUGUGUGUGUAUAUUGAUGAGGCGGGAAAAAACCAUUUUAAUCCAUUUUAGAAUAAGGCUGUAACGUAAUAUAAUGUGGAAAAAGUCAAGGGGUCUGAAUACUUUCCGAAUGCACUGUAAGUGCCUUUUGAAUGGGGUAUCGUAGUAGGUGCCAGGCGCACCGGUUUGUGUCAAGAACUGCAACGCUGCUGGGUUUUUCACGCUCAACAGUUUCCCUUGUGUGUCAGGAAUGGUCCACCACCCAAAGGACAUCCAGCCAACUUGACACAACUGUGGGAAGCAUUGGAGUCAACACCUUGUAGAAUCCAUGCCCUGAUGUAUUGAGGCUGUUCUGAGGGCAAAAAGGGGUGCAACUCAAUGUUUUGUACACUCAGUGUAUAUGACCUCAUCCUUCAGAGAAAUUAGGUCAUGAGGAACACAAGCCUGUUGAUUUAAGACAUUAUAGCCACUAGUAGGAUGAAACCACAUGGCGCUUUUAGGACCAAUGUCUGGGACCCGACCCAAUAUAUAUUGUAUAAUCAAUACCAAACUCCUCCUGCAUCCCACAUCUUUACACUCUACAUUUGCAAGACAAUGAAAAUAACCCUUUGCCCCUCUUUCUGGCAGAACAUCGACAUAACAAACUUCAGCAGUAGCUGGAACGACGGCCUUGUGUUCUGUGCUCUGCUUCACACCUACCUGCCUGCUCACAUCCCCUACCAGGAGCUCACCAGCCAGGACAAGGCAAGCCUACCUCCUACGAUAGUGAUGAUGAUGAUGAGUAACAAUGUAUCAGAGAACUGUAACCAGAUUUCCGUCCAACCAUUACAUGUGGAAGAAUUACCUGACUAAAAUAAGUAACAACAGGUCUUAUGGAAACAGGAAAUGUCGGUGCAAAUUCAUAAAUGUUGACAGACACUAGCAUUAAGAACAAUUUGUUUGUUCGACAUGGUGGGAUCUUUUUGUGACUGUAAAAUUAAUUAUUCGAGAAAUGGCAGUGGAAAUGCCUUUAUGCGCAAAUAUUGAUAUAAUAACCAUCAUAUCGAAGUAAACUUGGAGUCACACGAUAAUAUGGGCCUACCACCACGACGUGGAAAAGCAUCAAAAGUUUAUAGGCAGAUUAAAUAAGUUAUGAACUUCACAUGGUGGUUAAGUGUACGGUAAUCAUGCAAAUUUACAAUAGGCUAAAUAUCGAGGGUAGGCUAUUAUUUGAAUGCUGGUGACAUGAUGAUCGGCGCUUGGCUGCCAAUUAUCAAAUACAAUUAUCUUGCUCUUAUCUUUAUCAAAUCAUAUAACCCCCUGUCCACAUUAUCAGCCAAGUCUUGUCUAGAGAGCAUGUGCCAAAACCAGUUUGCUAUUUAUCGCAAGAGUUUUUGUGACAAAACCAUUGCUAGGGUUGAAGUUGUGAUGGAAGCCCAUUUAACUUAUGUUUUUUUUAUUCGGUAUAUGGGAACUUAACCACAAGUCAUUUUUAUGUGCACUACGUCAGCAUGCACAGCCUUUUAUCUGCUACAAGUCAGUUUGAUGGAAACUCUGGUGGGAAAAUGUGCAUAUUGUUUUUAUUGGGAUUCUUUAACAUUCACAUAAAUCUGUCACCAAUUGGAUGGAAACCUAGCCAUUGUUUGAUUGUUUCAUUGUUUCCAGUUGUCUCAUUAAUCUGUGAUCAGGGAGCAUUAUAGUGUGUGAAUGUUUGUUUGUGUCUCCCUAUCUUUAGAGGCGUAAUUUCACACUAGCCUUCCAGGCUGCAGAGAGUGUGGGGAUCAAGUCCACUCUGGUAAGUGAAAGAUUAACUGAACUGAAUAACAGAGGUGUUUUUCACAGGAACAUAUUCAAACCUAUAUCUGACAUGCUUUAAAAAAAUCCUGUUUUUUAAUAGAGAAUCUUUCAGGCUCAUUUCACCUUAAAAAUCACAGUUGUGAAUCGUGACCUGCUAUUCUAUUGCAUGUUGAGGAUGGUCUUUUUUAUGUGAGGCAUUGAGAUUGAGGACUGGCUCUUAUAGGUAGACUCCUGUAGAGAAGAUACAUAUUUUAGAUGAAACUGCCUUCAUUGUGCAUAUGUGCAGGGUGGCAGGUGCAGUUUCAUGGCAUCACCUGGAUAGCUAUUUUAGUCCUUUUUACAAAAUAAGUUCUCACAUUAAUGUAUAUCACUGUACCCAUAGCUAGGUAUAAAGCAGGCCCUGUGUGAAUUGUUCUGACAGAUUUGUUUUAUGGGUUCACUUGGUUCUAGAAAUAAAAAAUGCAAGCUCUUAUUUUCAGAAUUUAUGCCACAAAAGCACAUUUCUGACCUCCACAGUUAUUUAUAGUCUGAUUGUGGAACUCAACAGCAUGUUAUUUCAAGUUAUUUUUUUACAAACAUCACCUUGAUAUAUAAUACAAAGAUGAAGAAAUGGCAAGGACCUUUUCCAAGGCAUGAUGUUUCUUAAUGACAAAGCCCCUGUUGCUUUAACUUUGUCUUAUUCUCUGUGCUGCAGGACCUCAAUGAGAUGGCCAGUACUGAGAGACCAGACUGGCAGAGUGUGAUGACCUACGUCACGGCCAUCUACAAGUACUUUGAGACCUGA